AUUAUUGGACAUGAAAGGAGCUGAAUGCGCGGAUAAACUCAGAUCUAGAUGGUGCCUUGCGCUCCUGUAAAAGCUCGAAUAUUCAUCGCCGCCAUGGAUCCAAUGACUUUUUGUUGAGUGUGUCUUUGCCGAGCACAAGUACUGGUACUGGUUGUGAGCAUUGAAACUCCUCACACUGAGCUACAGCUCUAGUUUAAAAACAGGCUCAGCCAAACCGGAAAUUCUGAAUCUUUCCUAGCAACUCAGUGUACCGGUAUCGUUAUCCGGUGACCCGGUCCGGCGUGUUUUUGCUUUCCCGAAACUGCUAGCCAGUAUAUGCUGGCUGCUGACGAGGAUUUGCCUGAAACGCCUCCACCAUCCUUCGAACUCACGUGUCGUCCCCACCAUUCUGAUCAGUAGCUGUUGCAUUGCAGAAGUUUCUUGACAGGAAUGCCCAGCCAUGAAGCCACCGGACUUCACGCACCUUAGAAAUAGCCUGGUGAAAAUCGGAGUCAUCGUCGGGCUGGAUGAGUCCACGCCACUGCGCCUAUUGGACAAGGAAUGCGGCGACUUUCAGUUUUUAAGCCCUGCUAGCUGCAAGUACGAGGAGCAGCUGUUGUUUGCCGUGUCUGGAAAUGUAGCCGCUUGCACAACUGGCAACGCACCAUCUAAUGAGGCCAGCAGCAAUGGUGAUGAUGCGGCUAGUGCAAGGACUAAUGGUGGGAGCGGUAAUCGCGAGGAAGCGGAAGCCGUCGCUCCGUUCAGUGAUCUGUAUAGCUGCUCUGCUGCGGCUGUGCCGCCUGUGAGACAGUGCUGGAUACGCUCCGACUCUUGCGAGAGUGUCCGUGCGAUGCCGACGGAGAAGCCAGCCAUGCCUAUAGAUUGGGAUAUCAUUGGAACACUGGGUACUUUCUGUUGUCCUGAUGGUGUGUCUCUAUCUGAAAGCCACAAGGAUGCGCAUUGUCAUGGACUAGUGCUAACUGACUUGACAGGAGUACGAACUUACGGAUCCUGUCUGACGUUUUACCGACCAUUUCAAUUGAUAAAGAAUGUGGACAGUGCUCCAGCCACACAGGGCUCGGUGACAUCCAACAGCAAGGUGGUGCCACAUCGUCUCCGUCCGUGUGAAGGUGGUAAGGGUGACAAGUCAGCAGGACCAGUCUACUACAUUCAGACAUGUGUUUGUCUUGUGUCGGAGAGUCCCUAUCACACAUUACUGAAAGACUGCUUGUCAGGGCUAUUGCCGCAGCUUGAGUCGUCGAGUACAUCGCGUGACCUGCAGCUGUGCCUCAGUGAGUUCAUAGCUCACGCUGCCCUGAUCAUGGCGUCGCCUCGCGGACCUCUGCGCAUUUCUUUUGAAAGCUCUGGUCAUACACAUUGUUGUCCAGCUGCAGAUUUUGGUCGGCCUAUCCAGGACAUGCGGCUUAACUACCCGUUCUCCUUCUUCGACAAGGCAUCCAUUGUUCGUUUGAUCACGUGUCUGCUGACGGAGCAGCGCAUUAUCUUCAUCUCGAGCAGCCCGGCAGCAUGUGUCCUUGUCAUGGAGUGUCUUCUUAGUUAUAUCCUACCGUUUGAAUGGCGUCAACACUAUGUACCUAUCUUACCCAGACGACUGAUUGGGUUGACGGAAGCACCAGGCCAGUACCUGAUGGGUGUACACCCAGACCUGCUACAUCUAGUGGAGGAGGAUGAUGACAUUGUUUUUGCUGACUUGGACACCGGCAUUGUCAAGAUCCAUGACUCCAUCAAGCUACCAGUGUUACCUGAGGCAGCGGCGGAAAGUUUUGCUCACCGGCUACACGAUCGUACUUGGGACUUUGAUCGUAUCUCUGACAGGCCAUCGUACGGUAGUUUUGAGGAGGAGAAGGCAGCGCGCACCAAGCACCAAGACGCCAUCAACUCAGAGAUCCAAGAAGCUUGCUUCCUGCUGCUGGCGAAUUUGUUUGCGUCUAUGGAUGACUUUGUCACGUCCGAUGGCAAGCGCUUACAGUUCAAUAAAGCCCAGUUCAUCAAGAAGAUCCCCGAUCACGAGCAGCCCUUCUAUCGCCAGGUUUGCAACUCGACAAUGUUCAGCUUCUUCCAGGAAGAUCGCACUCAGGGUCGCAGUGACUACUUCUGGAAGAAUAUACCAAGCUGGCGCAGGGUAUCUCGCCGACAUGCGUCGCGUUUGUCCACUCGUGGAUCUCUCAGCGAACCCGACAUGGGAGGGUCGCCAGUCUUAACUCAGCGUAAUCCUGCCCACGCCAUGUCACUGCGGAGAGCAGCGCAUGUGGUAGAGACAACGCAGAUUCUGACGUUGCCGCAAUUCGAUCGCACUCGCCAUUCUAGCCCCAGUGCGUACUAUCACGAGUGCAUUGUCAUCGUCAGCGACAGAAUCGAAGCUCUCAUCCGGACUGGGGCAUCGCAAGCUGACAGCACAACGUAUCUUCCAAACUUGCACAGCGCGUAUCGAUACGUGCGUGGAAUGCUCUAUGAUGCGUGUGGUCAGGUGUCCGAGGCUCUUCAUGACUUUGAUGAAAUGAUCAACAUGUUCCCAAAGAGUGUCGCCCGCUCGCUUUUCUCGCAACUCAGCGAAGAGGAACGCGAGGCAUUCAGUGCCGCACAUCCAGCAUUUGGACGCAAGAUUGAGGGUCAUAAGGAUGAGAGGUAUCAGCCGACUAUUGACCCGCUGAAGACACCAAUUGACAAUAUGAAGUUUCCGCUGGUGAUGAAGCAACUUGGCCUGCUGGACAACCCUGACGCUUCCGGCAGCCUGUUCCGUGUCCUGCAGAAGAAGCCAGGUCACUCUCUUCCACCAGCCACGGUCAAGUCGUUAUUUCACGAAUGGCAAGAGUUUGCAGCCUUCGUCAACCUCAAUGAUGCAGCACUGCCCUCUGACCCAGUCGAGGUGGAUCUCUACACAAGCUCUGGAGUAGUACGGAGCAGUGAGGGACUAGGUCGCCUGGUCCUGACCACUCGCAGUCUCAUCAUUAUCAUCAAUGAACGACGUCACCGACUGGCGGACCUUCACACCACGUCCCGCGUGGAGAAGUAUCGUCUGAGAGAGCGCUUCUCCGUUCUCUCUGUCAGCGCGUUACGCUUCAUCAAAACAGGUGUGGAAGUGUCUCAGGCACCGUACGUAUGUCUGAAAGAGGACCGUGACCUGUGGUAUGACAUUGUAACUGAGAUGAUGGAAGGGAUAAAGUGCAGCGAAGUCCGUAAUUACUCUCAGAUCAUCAAGUUUGCUGCACAAAACAUCCUGAUGUACAUUGCGCUGUCUCGUCUCCACUAUCCGGCAUCGGCCGAGUCUGGCAUGCCGCUUGACAAGACAACUAGGGCCAUGCUGCACUACACAUCUCUCAAGUUACCUGUAGUUCCUCCCGAUGUUGGAAUUGCGUUGAUGCAGCGCUUCAACCCGUCCGAGCAGGAUGCGACGGAAGCAACUGUCGAAUGCCUGCAGUAUGUGCCAGCGUUGUCCAGCUAUGAUGAUGACUGUGGACGACUGUGGUGUGGCAUGGGUAGCACGAAAUGUGCUAAGAUUCUCAACGCGGAGACAUUUCAGCUGGAGUUUGACGUGCGCUGCGAUGACCGAGUGUCUGCGUUGCUGCGCGUUGGUUCGCAUGUCUGGAUUGGUUGCCUAGACAACAGCAUAACGGUUGUGGAGGCCGACAAUGGACAGGCGCUGUGUCGCCUGUUGGAACAUGAAGCGAUGAUAAUGUGCCUCGUCCUAGGAAGCAAUGGAAUGGUCUGGUCUGCUAGCUUCAAUGGACAGGUCAUAAUGUGGGAUCCUCGCAGGCUAACUCUUGCACAAAGGGUGAUCCUGCCUGGCAAGCCACAAGUCAACGGUCUGGUUGUGUACGAUGGCUGGGUGUGGUGUGGUAGCCAGCGCAAGUUGAUUCUAAUCAAUGAGAGCAACCCUGAAGAGCAGAAAGUCAUUGAAAUCGGUUCCAGUAUUCGUAUCACCAGCCUGGCCGUUUCAUCCGUCGGUGAGCUGUGGGCCGGUGGUAGUCGUAGUGAGGAUGUGCAUAUUGUUGACGGCAAGACACACCAGAUCAAGGAUAAAGUCACCAUAGCUAAUCGUGAUGCGGAGACUGGUGGAAGUGGAAUCUACGCUCUCAUGGCAGUCAAUGAUAAGAUGUGGGCAGGUGGCAAGAAUGGUUAUGUGUACAUCUACGACGCUGUCACCAAGGAACGUAUCAAGGAGGUGAAAGCUCACAACGACGGUGUACGCUCUAUGUGUAUGAUCAAGGAAUACGUUGUGACAGGGCCCGGAUCUCAUGAUGGAGUCGUUGCCAUGUGGAACCCAUCUGUCUGGAAUGUUUGAGCAACUCAUAACCUGCCCAAAUGGCCAAAGCGUGUUACCCGAACUGCUCAACCUCAUCCACUCUGUGGUGUGACCAAGCUUCUCAGUUACUUGAAACCCCGUAUAUUGGCACACUUGAGCAGCUCAAGGUGUGCUCCGUGAAGGCGCAUGUUGCGCAACACCCGAUGACAUCGCCAGCUCAUUGUUUUGUUUGCUCUACUGCCUUGUUGGCAUGGCGAUUUGGAAAUGACCUCACCUACUGCCUUGUUGGCAAGGCGAGUUGGAAAUGACCUCACUGUGUGCGACUUUGACUGCUUGUUCCUCGUGAGCUCAAGGCACUUCCCACGUGCUUGCAGGCUAGGUAUGGGUGAUGUUGACAUUCUAGCUCUAGCCUUAGUGGUGACAAUACUGCGGUGGUGAUGAUGAUGGUGACAGUGACAGUGUGGCGGUGGUCCUGUGUUGAGGCUAGUCACCCCGUUCAUUAGGACAGACGUCUUUGUCUCCACCCUGGUCUGUGAAGUGUUGUUAGAGUUGUUCGUUUAUGUCCACUGUGUGUUCUUGUGCCGCCGCCCUAUGACGGUGGCCGUGUUUCACCACAUUCGGAACAGGCGCCCACUCUCCUCCGCUGGCAUCCGGCGUAUCGUCCAGCGCUCCCCGUCUUGCCUUGCAGUGUGUGUACGUGCGUGCUGCGGGCGUGCGUGUGUGUGUGUGUGUUUGCUGCCCUGCUACGUGCCUUCUUUUUUCCUGCCCUGCCCUUCUCCAGUGAGUAUGCACAAUGUGCACUGACCCAUCUAUGAACCAAUCAUACAAGAAGUAUCUGGAUUUUCUAGGAAAUUUAUUUGGAUUUUUACUCUACUUUAAUAAUAGGGCCAUGAGGUUUUGACAUCAAGUUUUUCAAAACCUUUUUUAUUAUUUUCUGUCGGCCCUUCCCCUGCCUCUCCUUGCCUUAGCUCCCAAGACCCAUGCAUAGUAUUUUUUUAUUUAGAAAAGAAAAGUAGCGAGUCACCCCUGCCUUCUGUAGGAACCAACAGAAUGUUUUUAAACUUUUUUCCUCACUACCUUUCCAGCCUUGCUCAUGUGUGUAUUUACUAUGUAUACCCCCCCCCCCCCUCCCUCCCUUCGCUCAACAGUACUAACUGUAGUAGAAGCAGUGGUAACUGUAGGAGAAUAGGAAAAGUUGAACCACUAGCGCAUUUUCUGAUAAUUAUUAUGUAUUGUGUGCUAUACCUGAUUUCUAUUCAAGACAGCGGAAAAGCGGCUGUCAGCUCAA